UCCACGAUAUGCAAAAACACCUCGAAGCCUGAUUAUCGUGGUUUCCUUGUUGAUCUGAACUUCGUCCCGACCUUUGAGCUGGGAACGCGAAAGCCUACUCCAUCCCUCCAUAGAAAUUAGAACAAGUAACCACCAUGAAAGAGGGAGAAACCGAAGAAAGUUCAGAAUCUUCCGAAAGCGAAGCAGAAGUCGAACCGCAAGUGAGCAUGGCCCCGCGCCCGUAUCAAGUAGAACUCCUAGAACGAGCUAAGGAAAGAAACACAAUUGUUUGCCUGGGAACAGGCACUGGGAAGACAUUCAUCAGUGUCAUGCUGAUAAAGGAAAUGGCGCACCAAGUCAGAGCGACGUACAAAAAUGGCGGGAAAAGAACCUUCUUUCUUGUAAAUACAGUCUCUUUAGCCAGUCAACAAGCCAAAGUCAUUGACAAACACACGGAUUUGAAGGUGAAGCAUUAUGUUGGAGAGAUGGGAGUGGACUUCUGGAACGAAAGUGAAUGGGAAAAAGAGUUCAAUGAAAACAACGUUUUGGUCAUGACUGCACAGAUAUUUCUUGAUCUUCUGAAUCAUAGUUACAUUCAACUUUCACAAGUGAAUCUGCUUAUUUUUGAUGAAUGCCACCAUGCUAAAAAAAAGCAUCCAUAUAGGCAGAUAAUGCAGGUAUUUGAUGGCAAAAGAGCUGAUCAUCCCAAGAUCAUGGGGUUAACAGCUUCUGUGGUGAACAAAAAAGUAAAAGAUUUGGGGAAUUUACUAGAAUCUGAAAUACGAGAGUUGGAAUGUACCUUAAGGUCAACAUGUGAGACCAGCCAAGAUGAAGAGGUUGAGAGGUUUGCUGCCAAGCCAAGAGAAGAAGUUUUGACAUAUUCAAAUGAUGACAUGAUGGAUGAUUCACGCAUCUUAAUUCAAAAACUUCAAGAUGUUUUAGCCCCAGGACUGGACUUCCUUCAGGACUCCAGGGUGUCACGUGAAGGACCUUUGUGGAAUGCACUCUCCUAUGCAAAGUUUGCUCUGAGGGAAUGCCAGGAGACAUUAGGAGAGCUUGGUCCUUGGGCAUGCAAUAGAGUAGCUGGAUACUUAAUCAAGGAUCUAGACAGGGAAUGUAUGUUUCAAGUCAGCGAAAAGGGACAGCUGUUUUGUGAGUUUAGUGCAACUAAGCUGAGAGAGCUGCAAAGCGUAUAUCACAAUUUUACAUCACCCUGCACCGACAGUACUGACCCUGACAGCAAUGGACAGUGUUUCAUCACACCCAAGUUGCAAAAGUUAUUAAGUGUUUUAAAAGGAGACAGGAAUUCAAAAUAUGAAACUGACCAAGCACAUAAGCUCUGUGGCAUUGUAUUUGUGGAAAGAAGAUACACAGCUUUGGUCCUCAGUGAGCAGAUUAACAUUUUCGCUGAACAUGAUCCUGAGCUUACCUUUGUCAAAAGCAAGUUUGUCACUGGUCACGGCACUGGCGGAAAGGUUAAUUACUCCAAUGAAGCAGAAAUGGACUUCAAGACGCAAGAAGAAGUCCUACGCCAAUUCAGAAGACAUAAAUUCAACCUGUUGAUUGCAACUUGCGUUGUGGAGGAGGGAUUGGAUAUUCCCAAAUGUAAUGUUGUUUGUCGUUUUGAUUUCCCAAAGAGUUUCCGCUCCUAUGUGCAGUCGAAGGGCAGAGCCCAUGCCAAAGAUUCCAGCUAUUAUAUCCUUGUAGACAGAGAAGAGCAAGUGGAAAAGAAAUCUGAACUGGCGAUUAUGCAUGAUUUUGAAGAUUCCCUGUCAAAGAUGUGCCAUGAUCGGACUGAACCUACUGAAGAAGAGUGUGAUGAGGCUGUUGAUACAGAUUUCUUACCUCCAUACAUACCAGAGAAUGGACGAGGAGCAAGACUUACUAUGAGUAGUAGCGUUCCUCUGUUAUCCAGGUACUGUGCCAAGCUACCAGGUGACAGGUUCACUCAUCCAACGCCGGUGUUUAAGGUCGAGGAAAUUGGAAAAAAUGUUUACAGGUGUAAAUUAGAAAUGCCCACAAACUGCCAAUUGCGUAGAGCUAUAAUUGGUCUUCCAAUGCCGCGUAAGGACCUUGCUAAGAUGGCUGCAGCCUACGAGGCAUGCAAAGAGCUCCACAGCAUAGGAGAGCUUAAUGACGACUUGUUACCAGUCCGCAGCUUAUCAGACGAGGAAAGCGAGUCAGAGGAAGAAAACGCUGCAUCCGGUGUAGGAAAAAAGACCAAAGCAGGAACAAAGAAACGAAAGAGAAUCUAUGAGAGGAAGGUCCCUGAGGCAUUCAUUGACAGCUUGGCUCAUUGCAAACAGCCCCAGUACCUCACGGUCAUCAGGAUACGUAUCGUUAAACUAACUAACCAGAAAGAUCUUGAUGUGAGCAAACGAUGCUUCACAGACGACUGCUGCAACAUGUUUGGCUUGUUAACAAAUUCUCCACUUCCAGCGGUACGACCAUUUAAACUGUACCCGGAUUAUGGAGAAUUAACAGUUUCUCUGAGUAAUCACAAGUCACCGUUACCAGCAAAGCUCACCGAAAAACACCUGGAAACUGUUAAGAAAUUCCAUUGCUUCUUGUUCAGCCACAUUCUCCGUAAACCAGUGGAAUUAAAAGCCAAACAUGAAGGUGGUAAGGGAGACGGUUACUUCAUUGUUCUGGUGAAGAAUACUGGGCGUGAGUUGGACUAUCAAGGUAUGAAAGAUGCGUAUGAAAGAUGCGUUAAUCAUGCUAUUGGCGAGGACAGUGUGGUCACAAAGAAUUACGUGGAUCCGCAGCAGAGGCUGCAGAGGUUUGCUGUUCUGAACGUGCGUCGUGAUCUCUCUCCAUUGUCUCCCUUCCCAGAUCAAUCCAAAGCAAAAUCUUACGAAAGGUACUUCCGGCAGCGCUAUGGCAAAAGCAUUAAAAUCCAGGAUCAGCCUCUCAUUGAAGUGAGGGACAUUUCCGGCAGAGUGAAUUUUUUAUCGGACAGAAAACCAACGUCCAAGAUGAAGCAUCCUGUUAUUUGCCUUGUUCCAGAGUUGUGUGAAGCGGUGCCUAUGCGUGCGUCCAUUCUCAGUGUGGCCUUGAUGCUGCCAUCUAUUCUUCACCGUGUGAACGCUUUUUUGCUUGUCAGUGACGUUAAGUGCAUGAUCGCAGGAGUGAGUGACAACACAGACGAAUCCAAACUGCCUCCCAUUGGUGCUGAGGGUGGUAAUGAUGAGAAGAGUUUACUCCGCCUUCAUAAAAACAGUGCUACCGCGGAGAUGUCCAUAGAUGAUGAUGAAUACGAUGACGAUAAUGAUGAUUUUGACGAUGACAAUGACGAUGACAAUGACGACGAUAAUGAUUUGGAGGAGUCUCCAGAGCUGAUUUCAGAUCUGAAGUAUUUGUUUCGUUGUAGUCGUGAGCCUGAUAAUCCCGACUCGGCCCUGGUACUUAAAGCACUGACCACCACCCACAGUGGAGACGCAUUUGAUUUGGAGAGGCUCGAGAUGCUCGGAGACGCGUUCUUGAAGCUAGCGGUGUCGCUUCACCUUUUCUGGACCUACCAAGACAAAGACGAGGGGAAAUUGACCCGGCGGAAGAAAAACCAGAUCAGCAAUCUGGCGCUGUUCCGCGCGGCGCUCAAGAAAUCAUUAGCGGGAUAUCAACAGUGCGUCCAGCUCGCUCAUGACAACUGGUGCCCCACGGGCUGGCAGAUCAAUGAAAUUCCACCCGAAGCCAUCACUGGCUCACGUGACAAACCCAUGGAAAGCGACAACGAUACUUCCGGUGCUGCAGAUGAGGAAAUGGAAGUCGAUGUUGCUAGUGGAGGUGGAUCUGAUGGAGCUGAUAUGAAAGCAGUCGAGUACAACACUCAGGUGAUAGCAGACAAGUCAGUUGCUGACAGCAUUGAGGCCCUCAUUGGAGCUUAUCUGAUCUCAUGUGGGUAUCUUGGGGCGCUGCGCUUCAUGAAGUUCCUUGGUCUUAAGGUUCUUCCCGAAAAUUUCGAUGACGACAACCUUUUCAGGUAUGCGGAGAAUUGCAAGGCGGGUUGUUACGCGAGAUUUUGGUCCUGUGGAUCAGAUGAAACUGUAGCUCGAGACACUGAAGAUAUGGUUUCACGCAUGGUUUCUGGGUUGGAGAACUUUGAAAGAGACUCCCUUCGUUAUACUUUCAGUUCAAAGCUGUAUCUUCUAGAGGCUCUAACACACUCCUCGUACCAUGCUAAUCGCUUCACGCCAUGUUAUCAGAGACUAGAGUUCCUUGGAGACGCUAUAUUAGACUUCCUCGUCACGCAGCACUUGUACUUCCGUCAGGCCAAAUUGUCCCCCGGUGAGUUGACGGACAUCCGCCAGGCCUUGGUUAAUAACAACAUCUUUGCAGCCAUUGCCGUGAAAUACAAAUAUAACAAGUAUCUGAAGCAGAUGUCACCGAUGUGGUUCAAAACCAUCGAAAAUUUUAUCACCAAAGUGGAAGAUGAGACUGAAGAGAGGAGACAUGAUCAUGAGGUCACUGCAGAUCCGUUUAUUAUUGUGUCUGAACAAGACGAGGAAGGAUACGACGCUCCCAAGGUCCUGGGUGAUAUCUUCGAGUCUGUGGCUGGCGCAGUAUUUUUGGACAGCGGUAUGGAUUUCACGAAGAUCUGGGACGUAUAUUACUGUAUGAUGAGACCUUACAUCGAUCACUAUUCAGUGCAUAUACCAAUCAAUCCGGUAAGACGCGUCUAUUAAGAAGACAAUGAACGGAACUUCAGCAAAGCAAUACCAUUAUCCAACGGAAAAAUCGGAUGUACUCUGAAGGUGCGCUGGGGAGAGUUUGUUGGUAAAGGCACCAACUAUAGAAUCGCCAAAGCUACCGCUGCCAAGUUGGCAGUGCAGGCCUUCGAAAGAAGCACUUCGAAAUAGACGGGCAUGAAUGAACCAAUCGACUGAGUACUGGCCUGAGAGAUACUGCGCCGACAGGAGACUUUCAGCCAGAAACACAAAGAACUUCUUCUAAAAUAAGUCUGUACUCGCUCGCUCACCAACGUUUUGAGCGGCGCACAUUUCUGGUUCACAACUCAAAAGAUAAAUUAAGAGAAAACAAUACCGUGCUCCUAAAUAAUAUCAGCAUGGCCUUCUCUAACCUGCGAUCAAGCAUUCUCUUUUUCUUUCCCCUUCUGCCGCCCCCCUUCCCCCCCACAAAAAAAGAAAACCCUGAUCGCAGGUUAGAACAGCUCUAAUGUUCAACAGAACUUCUAGAGAGGUACGUUUAAAAAGCAAACUAUACUGUAAAUUACUUUUAGCGACAUUCUCUUGAGUAGAUCAGCUGAACGUGUCUUUGUUGAAGUGCACCUCAUAAAUUAAGCAGUCAAGUUUA